AUCACUCCAAAAUGAAGUCUUACCUUUCAAUUAUUGCUCUGUUCGCUGUAGUUUUUGCCGAUUUCGACGGACCAAUGUUCUUGAGAUAUCAGCCGAGAAAUAUUCAACAGUCUUAUUUUGCAAUUGCUAAGAACUAUCAGCUAAGUCAGAUGCAGAAGAACCAGCAGCUUCAGCAAUGGGCUCAGAUGAAUAAUCUUUCGAACGAAUACUCCAGCUACACACAACAACGGAGCCAACAAGAGCAACAAGUCAGCCAGCAGACUUCUCAAAUAAUUUCCCAGUUAUCAACAGUUCAAAACCAGCUUGAAUCCAUUCUGAACAACGAUAAUCAAACGGGAGCUCAGAAGCGACAGGCUAUCCAGUCUCUUAGAUACCAGUACCCUCAAGAAGUUUCAGUUUUGUUCCACAUUCGGGAAGUUUCCAUGAAAAGAAUGGGAAUCGAUGAUGACCAUGAUGACAGUUAUGAAUCAUUUUAAGUUUUUGAAGUUUUUUUUUUCUAAUGAAUGGUUUUAACUUUAGAGGACACAUAAAUGGAA